UCAUCACCUCACUGAAAUUGGACCCGACAACAUUUGCAACUCUACUUUCCCCUCCUGCGAGGAACCAAGCGACCGCGACUCUGUACCCUAACUUCUCUCUUCCGCUCUUGACGAACCCAUGAAGCGCUCCUUCGAUGACCGCGACCGCGACCGCAACGCGCCUCCCGCUGCCGCCGACGGUAAACCCGUUUUCAUCUCCAAGGCAGAGCGCCAGCGUCUCGCCCUACAGCGUCGGGAAGAAGAGGCGGCAGAGCAAAAACGCCGUGCUCUCGAGCUCGCUGAGCAAUCCCGCCCCAAAAACUGUUCUGAAGCACCUCCAUCUUCUUCCGCGCCUCAAUCCACUGCUGAUUCCAACCACCGCUCACAUCGCGACCGAGAUCGGGAACGCGAUCGGGAUCGAGACCGGGAACGCGACCAUGAUCGCGACCGCGAUCGGGAUCGAGACCGGGAACGCCGCCGCGAUCGGGACCGUGAUCGCGAAGAGGAUACCCGGAGUCGUGAGCGUGCUCGUGUCGAGAAGCAGGCGGAGCGAGAGAAGGAGAAGGAAUUGGAAUCAAUCAAGGAGCAAUACCUCGGCUCGAAGAAGCCUAAGAAGCGCGUUAUCAAACCCAGCGAGAAGUUCCGUUUCUCCUUUGACUGGGAGAACACCGAGGACACUUCCCGCGACAUGAACUCGCUUUACCAGAACCCUCAUGAGGCCCGCCUUCUCUUUGGUCGCGGCUUCCUGGCUGGAAUUGAUCGCCGUGAGCAGAAGAAACAAGCCGCUAGGCACGAGAAAGAGACCCGCGAGGAGAUUCGGCGGAAGGAGGGGGUGGAGGAGAAGCCGGAGGAGGCCGCUGCCCAGCGCAAGAAAGAGGCUGCUGCAGAGCUCUACGAUGCUUUUGACAUGCGCGUGGAUCGGCAUUGGACUGAGAAGACCCUUGAGGAAAUGACCGAGAGAGAUUGGCGCAUCUUCCGUGAAGACUACAACAUCUCCUACAAGGGAUCGCGUAUCCCUCGGCCUAUGCGCAAAUGGAGCGAGAGCAAGCUCAGUACUGAGCUACUUAAGGCUGUUGAGAAGGCUGGCUACAAGAAGCCAUCUCCCAUUCAGAUGGCUGCCAUUCCUCUAGGUUUGCAGCAGCGUGACGUUAUUGGCAUAGCUGAGACUGGUUCGGGAAAGACGGCUGCCUUUGUCCUCCCCAUGCUUAUGUACAUCACUCGUUUACCCCCCAUGACAGAGGAAAACGAGGCUGAGGGCCCUUAUGCUGUCGUCAUGGCUCCCACAAGGGAGCUUGCCCAGCAGAUUGAAGAUGAAACUGUGAAAUUUGCUCACUUUUUGGGAAUCAAGGUAGUUUCAAUUGUCGGUGGUCAGUCCAUAGAGGAGCAGGGAUUCAAGCUUAGGCAGGGUUGUGAGGUUGUUAUUGCCACUCCAGGCCGUCUGCUUGAUUGUUUGGAGCGCAGAUACGCCGUCCUUAACCAAUGUAAUUAUGUUGUUCUUGAUGAGGCUGAUAGAAUGAUAGACAUGGGGUUUGAACCUCAGGUUGUUGGUGUUUUGGAUGCAAUGCCUUCAAGCAAUUUGAAGCCUGAGAAUGAGGAUGAGGAGCUUGAUGAGAAGAGAAUAUACCGAACAACCUACAUGUUCAGUGCCACCAUGCCUCCAGCGGUGGAGAGGCUAGCUCGGAAGUAUUUGAGGAAUCCUGUGGUUGUGACUAUUGGCACAGCUGGAAAAGCCACUGAUCUAAUUACUCAGCAUGUGAUUAUGCUGAAGGCAUCGGAGAAGAUGCCUAGGCUUUUGAAGCUGCUGGAUGAUCUUGGCGAUAAGACAGCCAUUGUUUUCUGCAAUACAAAGAAGAAUGCUGAUGCACGAGCUAAGGAUCUAGACAAGUUGGGUUACAAGGUCACAACUUUGCAUGGAGGUAAAUCGCAGGAGCAGAGAGAGAUUAGCCUUGAGGGGUUCAGGAAUAAGCGUUUCAAUAUUCUGGUAGCCACAGAUGUUGCAGGACGUGGAAUUGAUAUUCCAGAUGUAGCUCAUGUCAUAAAUUAUGAGAUGACCAACACCAUCGACAUGUAUACACAUCGAAUUGGCCGUACCGGGCGUGCUGGGAAGACCGGUGUGGCAACUACUUUUUUGACCUUGAGUGACACUGAGGUGUUUUAUGAUCUUAAGCAGAUGCUUAUUCAAAGCAAUAGCCCAGUGCCGCCUGAGCUUGCCAGGCACGAGGCUUCUAAGUUUAAACCUGGAACUAUUCCUGAUAGACCUCCAAGGAGGAAUGAUACUGUAUUUGCUCAUUGAUUGGGUUGGGUUGUAGAACAUUGAUAUUGUAGGAUUUGAAUGGGAUACUAUUGGGAAAGUAAAUGUUGCAGUUACUGCAA